CAGCCAUGCCCACUUGCACAUUUAGACAGAGUAUUUUAUGUAACACUUAAGUUGCUCUUAUACCUGUGCAGAGCAACUUUAAAGGUGUAAAAUCUUUUGGGCGACCUGACAAAAUCCACAUAGAAAUGUGAGUUAUAGAUAUGUCAUUCGGAUUGAAAGCAAGUCUAAGAAGCAGUAGAUCUGUUCUAUGUGUGCUAUUUCUAUGCUUCCUGUUUUUAAGUUUACAUUUUGUGUAUUUUACCUUUAGUUUUGUACACCAGCUUCAAACAGCUGAAAAUACAAUAUUUUGGUUUAUGGAAAAGAUACUUCACAGCGGUUUAGAUGGCACAAUGUUUCUCCACACAAUACUUGCUUGUUUUGUCACAUAAACUAAAAUUAGGCAAACUAUUAGCAUUUUAGUGACCAGGAAAUGGCGGUGCGAUUUCUGGAUAGUGUAAAGUGUUAGUUACCAUAUGUUUUCAAAUCAAGACUUUCCCCAAGACUAACAGAUAUUACCAGUACGGUGGUGGCCUUUUUUAAAUCUGAGAAACCUCAACGUGUUUUGUUAUUAUGACGUCUGAUAACAGUGGCAGGCCAUACGUUAUCAGGUAGCCAUAGCCAUUCUUGUCUGACAUUUAACCAGUAACUCUGUUGUACUUAUAUUGCCCUGUUUUUUUAAACAUGUUAAUCUUUUGCCCCUAAACCAUAGUAUCACUAUUUAUGUAAAGUGGUGAUACAGUUACGGUGGGGCCAGCAGCUGCUGUUCAUUUAAAGGAGAUAGGAAACUUUUGUCUGCCUUGUGGAGUUAGUCUGGAAAUUGUUACUUUUCCAUGUGGCGUAAAGAAAAUAGCUACACAUAAAUCCCAGAAAUAUUUCAUUAUUUAGGUAAUGAAUGAAUUUAGUUCAGCAAGCUUCCAUUUGUGGACUCUUGAUCCCUCUUACAGUUGAAGAUGCCAUGAGACUCAAUAAGAAACUAACUUCUGUCAAUAGAAAACAAGAAUCCACAAUCAUCUCCUUAAAACAGGAAGUGGAGGAACUUAAUAACAAGCUUAUUAAGGCCAAAGUGACAUCUGUGGGUAGAUCUGAAGAGAACUGCAACCUCACAGUCAAAGAGCAAAACAUACAGCAACUCCAACACAGGCUGCAUGUGGAAACUGAAAUUAAUAAAAAACUCAGAGAUGAGCAUACAACUGAAAGAAAUGGAAAAAAGGAGGUGAUGAACUGCCUACAGCUUGCCCAGCAGCUUCUGCUGACACAGACUCAGGCUGUGAGCCGAGUGGAGCUGGAGCUUCAAGCACAACGAGAGGAGUACCAGGCCCUUAAAAGAGAACAUGAAGUGAUCCAAGAGAAGAUCCAGGAAAAAGAAGACCGAUUCACUCAUCUGCUGGAGGAGUACAGACAUUGUAGAAUGAUCUGGGAAAAUGAGAAACUGACAUUACAAGAGAGGAUCCAGUCAGAGCACCAAGACCUGAGAUCUGUAAAGGAGGCUUAUAGCCACCUUCAUGAGCAACACACAGAGCUAUCAUCCCGAGCUAUACUGCAAGCAGAACACAUACAGGGACUAGAGAGUGGAAUGAAGGACUAUGUUAAAGACAAUGAGAAUCCAAUGGUUGAAAACAGAGAUCAAUCCGCUAAGGAUGAAUAUGUCUCAAAGGACGUUUUUAGAGUGGACACAGUUGUAGUGGAUGAAGUGGCUCAAACAGCGGAAAGUGAAUCUACACAGGAUAAUCUAGAUGUUACAGAUGUGUCAGACCAAAGCAGGGAAGUCGGUCCUUCCCGUUGUUCGGAGACUGUGAUUGAUGCCUCCCCACAGACAGCCCACUGUAAGGUUAUCGAUAGUGUACAGGCCACCCAUGGUUCCAAUCCAGAUCGGUCCACAGACGUAGAGGGAGGUGGAAAGAGCUGUCAGGGUGAAGACAAGCCUAGCUCAGUGCUCCAGCCACCAGCAGGAAGUCUGAAGGGGUUGGCUUCGCUCCAGUCUGGAUCUGCAGACGAUCUGACCACGGUCACAGACGUGGUCCAUGUGCUGAGUAUUUGCGGAAUUGGAGAAGGUCAGGCAACUGACUCAAACAACAAACGUAGCUCCAGUGAUUUCAAUUAUCCAUUCUGCAGUUUGAUUAAUAAUGUCUGCUCGUCCAGCAACGUCCAUCUGAGCGACAAAGGUGACUCUAUGAGUCGGCUAUCUGGCUUUGAGAACAGUUCUGUUUAUGGUGCGCUAAACAGUGACCCAGUGGCUGGAGGAACAAGGGAUGGAGAGCAAGAACAGAGUGUGUAUACACCAGAGAUGACAACCAGCCAGACAUUUAAUAAACACAGAGGCAGACAGAAAAGCACAUCAUCAUUUCAGGACAUUGACCCAGUCCAAGCUGUGACCCCAUUGGCAGUCUCACAGUCAGAUCCAUGCAACUUUCUCCUUCAGAAGGUCAUUGAAAUCCAUGAAAUAAGAUGUCACACGCCAGAGGCCAAUGAGGUCAACAUCCUUUCAGAGUCACCUAGCAGCUCAUUACCAGCCUCAGCCCAACAACACAGCAACACACACAUUGAGAAUCCGACAGAACAAGAGACAAUCGGCACAUCUUGUCUUCCAUCACAGCCCCUGAACCUGCCACAGCAAAUCAAUCCCCAUGGUGUUGUUGCACAGGAAUGUGCUCAGUCUGACUGUAAUAUUGGAACCGAGCCUGAGGACAAGCAUAAACAACCAGCUAGAGACUGUGUGCCAGUAACUGAGGAUGCACUUUAUCCUAAUUGUCAGGAAACCUUACCAGAGAGUGGAGAUCUCAAUGUGAGCCCUGAUGCUGGAACCCAUGGAGAUCCUGAACAACCUUCUUCAGAUGUUUUUGUGGAUGUUGACGGACCUGUUGGAUCACAGUCCCAACCAUGUCCAGUGGCUAUGGACUCACCACAGUCUGAGAGGGUUCAUGAAGGCCACUGCUGUAACUCUACAGUGGAGGAGAAGUUGAGACCACAACAUGCCGAUGACAAAGAUAUUGAAGUUAAGCACAACAACCCAGCGACCUCCAAACCCCCAAGCGAUGAGACAGAUCUCUCCCCCAAAAGCAAUCAUUCAAAACAAUCUUGCCUGCUGAAAACUGAGGAGAAGACAUCUGAAACCAUUGACUAUUCAUUUCUAGCAAGCAACAAAAGAUAUCGAUCAUCAUUUGAGUUAAUUUCAGAGAAGAGGGACCUACAUUCCAGGAACAUGCACAGCAUCGUAAUUAGUCAAACAACCCCGACAUGCCAGAUAUCCCCAGUGUCUGACCUGAAAACUAAACUGUCCUCUGGAUUCCAAGAGCCUCCUUCUCCAUUCACAAUACCCAUCUUUCUAAAGGGCAAGCAAAACACCAGAGAUCCAUCAAUGAUGACUAGGUCUGCAGACUCGCACAACCCUCCCAGCCUCCUGACGUCCCACAAGAGAGAUCAUCAAGGGGAAUGGAACACCAUUAGAGAGACCUUUUAUGAAAUGUCAGCAGAAAAAGAAAGCAGAGAUCACAUCCCAGUCAGCUCUGCUUUGCCCAUCAUCACGACUCCUUCCUCUAUGAGCAGCAGCAGGUUGUGGCAGGACUACCCCAGGACCGUUUCCUCUCCAUGUCUCUCCAACAGCAGCAGGUUGUGGCAGGACCUCCCCAGGACAGUCUCCUCUCCUUGUCACCCCAGCUUCUGCAGAGGGACUGCUUCUGAGGCUUUCCCACCCAGCUCACAGGACGACGAAGAGUCACAGCAAUCCAACAUCAGAGCCCAGAUUGCUAAAAUAGAGCCGUUCCUGUGCUCCGCCAGGUUGAGACUCCCAAAGAAACGCAAAAUGGAUUAAAGUGAAACUAUGCCGUUGUAAAGAAGUACUGGAGUUGAUUUCAUUAAGUUAUUGAUCAUUACAUUAAGUUCACACUAUCAAACUUGUUCAAACUGUCAAAUAUUCUGUUAUUAAGAUUUGAAAACACUUAAGGCAAGAAGACAUUGUUAAAUGAUUUUAAGUGGUUUCUUGUAUGUAUUUAUUAUUGGGUCUAUUUAUGGAUUUCACCAUAUUUAUUUAUGAAUCCAUGCUGUUUGUUAUUGACCUACAGUUCUGUAUAUUAAAAGUAGCCAACUGUUCAGUA